AUGAGCGCGGAGCUCUACGACAUUUUUGCAAAGCGGGCUGGACCGCUGGCAAUCGACUUGGCGCCAUGGUCUCUCGCCAUGAAUCCCGAGGACAGUCAGCGAGCGGCAGCACUAGAGGAGGUUCGGCAGGUUUGGGGGGGUGCGAGCGUGCCCCUUGCUUCGAACUCCAUGACGUCGGUCAUGGACACAGCGCCGGAGGGACGGCGCGGAGCAGCGGAGGCGCUGGACGACCGCCAGCCGAAGUGGCCCAAGCCGGCGAUGAAGGGACGUCCCGGCAAGGGCAACACAGGGAGCUGGUGGACGAAAGACUGGGGCAAGGAAUGGGAGAAGGACCAGGCUGCCCAGAGCUCCGGCCUCGAUCGCCCGACAACCGUGCUGUUGCAGGCCCUCACCAAGAUGGCUCUUCGGCACGAGGAAGAGUUGUCGAGGACACGUGCCGAUACGAAUUUCAUGCUGUUCGUCGACGUGGAUGGCGAACACAGCGUGCUCCCCACCCUUCAGAUGACUGCAGCCAACUGGCAAGAAGCUUUCAGUGCUGGCCGAGUGACCACUUCCCUGAGGAUUGUACUGUUCCUGGGGAUGAUGCAGCAGCUGCAGACAAAGCUCCAGGAGCUACUCCAGAAUCAGGAACAGCUCGAUCGCCUGAUGGCUGUGGGCUGGUUGCAGCAGGGGGCGACAGCAUUGACACCUGUAUGGAAUUACUACAGGUGGGAUGCAGCCACCCAGACCCAGGUGGUUUCGGACCAGCAGCCGCUGUCGCACGACAGUGUGCUCCAGUGCGUGGAUGUGUUGCUCAAGACAGCCUGCAACCCGCUGGUUCUGCUUCGCUUCCGGGCGGCCAAGGAGCUGGAGGAUCCGACCGGAGACGUGAUACCGUUCCUGGUCUCGGUGUCUCUUCGGGGGCAGCAGGCGCAGGAUUGCUUCACUGCCCUUCAGACUCUUUCGCACAACGGCGUCUUGAAGCUUUUGAGUUUGCGUUUGCGGCCAGAAAGGCUCCGCAAGGGUCCAAUGGCGGAGGCGGUCGAGGAAGCCUACCUGGCCACGCCUUGGACAGCUUUUCAAUGGAUUGGGGCACUGCUUGGAGCAAGGGAGCUCUGCUAUGGUGCUGCCGAGGCUGCCAUGCGCUUGGCUGUGUCGACUGCUCUGGCACAUGCGCAUUUGCAUGCUAAUGCCGAUCAUCCUCAGCUUCACUUGUGCCUAGAAAGUGGAGCCAGCAUGGCGGUACAGCUUGAGCUGCCUAGCCACAUGUACUUUGCUGCGCUAGAGGAAAGUCUCCUCCUCGAGGCCUUGCGAACCUUACAUGGUGGCUUCAAUGCUGCUCCACUUCCCUCUGAUCUCACCAUGGCGGCGCGAAAUGACAUCGCGGCCUUUGCACAGCGAGUGCUCGCGCCCCCUGCCUUCGCCGCCUUUCUUCACUAUGCAGAGCAGCUUUCGGUUUCCAUCAAGGGUGAGACGCGCUGCUCGUUCCCACCGCUGCCUCGUGCUGCGGGUGGUGCUGGUACCGAGGCGGAGGCCUGUGCGGAAGCUUUCCUUUUGGAGGGAUCUGGAGUGCUUUGGUCAGCUGCACGUAUGGUGGUCAAUCAGUUGAACUGCUAUGUUGACAAGCGGCCGCAUGGCAAUGGCCACACCUUUUCCUUGGGUGCUUUCAAUAAAGGUGGCUUGCUUGGGAUACACAAGCACACCACCCAUCAUCAGGCAGUCUGCACCCUCCUCAACGCCCUGGUGCGCUCAAUGGCUGCAGGUCAUGUCUGGACCACUUUAGUGGUUAACUACGAUAACCAUACAGCACCGCACUACGACCGAGGUAACAGUGAGCACAAUCCAAGUUUGCUGGUUGGGAUUUCGCAUCAUGAUUCUGGGGAACUCUGGAUUGAACGCCCAGGGGGAAGGGACUAUCAGCUCGUGGACGGUGAUUUGUUGGCAGGUGACUUGCACCCCACCAGCGCCUGUGGGCUCCUGUUCAAUGGCUCCAAGCAAUGCCAUGCUACAUGUCAGUGGACCGGGCGGCGCAUGACAAUCAUUGCCUACGCCAUUCGUUGCCAUGAGCUACUGCUGAGCGGCACGCGAGCCUACCUUGAG